AUGAAAGAUAUCAAAAAAAAAAAAGAUUUCCUUCUAUCUAUAAUACCUUCAUUAGGGAAUAUAGCAAAAGGAAAAAUUAGUUUUCAAAAAUUAGCAAAAGAAAAGGAAUACAAAUUAAAAAAUAAAAAAAUUAUAUCAUGUAUCUUUUCCAAAUCUUUUUUUAGUGCAUUAGUUCUGUCUUUGUUGUACCUUCUCUUACAAAAUAUUAAUACAUGUACAGAAAAUACAUAUUCACAGACGCACUUAAAAAAUAGACAUUCAAGGAUAUUGUUUGAAGACAUUAAGUUACAUUUAAAAAAGUUACGAGGUAAUAAUAGCAUUGAAGUGGGAAACAAUGGAUUUCCCCAUAAACAUAACAAUAAUAAGUUCGGUUCUUCUGAAAAUGUUGACGACAAGAGUAAAGAUUUAAAAAACAAGGCUGUAACAUACAAUAAUUUAAAGAAUGAUGCAGGAAAACAAGCAAUAUACAAUAAAAACGAAAUAAUAUUUAGUUGUAUAGAUACUGAUAAUUGUGAAGAAGUAACAGAAGACGAAUUAAACGAUAAAUUGGAUAAUAUAAAGGGGCCGGUUAAUGGAAAAACUAUGCAUAUUGUAUGGAAAUAUGUGCAUAAACAUGUGAGGCUAAGUUUUAUUCGAAUGCAAAAAGAAACAAUGAAUUAUUGCCAUUUAUUAGCUAAGAAUUAUAAUAUACCAAAAGAAUAUGAAAUGAAAAAAUGCAAAUAUGUAGAUGAUAAAAUAACGAAUGCAUUAUUAAAAAAAGAUAAUUUCGAUUUAAAGAAUAUAAAGGAUUUCGCAAAGGAAGAUUUUUGCGCAAGGUGGGAAUUUCUGAGGUAUAUAAAUUUGAAGAGAAAAUCGUGGGGAGAACUUAGGGAAUCCACGAAAGAAAAGUGGGCGAAUUAUAUAAACAAUUCGUUCAAAAAUUAUAAACAUAAAAAAUAA